AUGGCAGGUGAAGUUGCAGUGGAGAAGAAAUGUAGUGUCAAAAUCCUCACUACAACAAAUGUGAAGCCCAAAAAACCACUAGGAAAAAAAGAGUGUCAAUUGGUCACGUUUGAUCUUCCUUAUUUGGGCUUCUAUUAUAACCAGAAGUUGUUGAUCUAUAAAGGUGGCGAGGCAGAGUUUGAGAGUAUAGUUGAGAAAUUGAAGGAUGGUUUAGGUUUAGUCUUAGAGGAUUUUCAUCAGCUGGCUGGGAACUUGGGAAAAGAUGAAGAUGGGGUGUUUAAGGUUGUUUACGAGGACGAUAUGGACGGCGUGGAGGUGCUGGUUGCGGCCACGGAGGAGUUAGCGGUGGAGGAUCUCACAGCUGAGGAGGGCACCACCAAGUUCAAGGAGUUGAUUCCAUAUAAUGGAGUAUUGAAUUUGGAGGGGCUUCACAGGCCACUUCUGGCCGUGCAGCUCACUAAACUAAAGGACGGAGUUGCGCUGGGUUGUGCCUUUAAUCAUGCUAUACUUGAUGGUACAUCCACGUGGCACUUCAUGAGUUCAUGGGCUGAGGUGUGCCGUGGGUCGAUAUCCAUCUCGGUCCCACCCUUCCUUGAGCGCACCAAAGCUCGAAACACACGAGUGAAACUUGACAUAUCCCAGCCAUCGGAUGCACCAGAGCAUGCCAAAUCAGCAGCAAAUGGUGAUGUGGCUGCCAAGGUGGACCCACCCCUAAGAGAAAAGAUCUUCAAAUUUUCUGAGUCAGCCAUUGACCAAAUCAAGUCAAAAGUCAAUGCUCACCCACCCGAGGUGUCAAAGCCAUUCUCAACAUUCCAAUCACUCUCUACACACGUCUGGCAUGCAAUCACACGCGCACGCCAACUCAAGCCUGAGGACUACACCGUUUUCACAGUGUUUGCCGACUGUCGUAAAAGGGUGGAACCUCCCAUGCCCGAAAGCUACUUUGGGAACCUGAUUCAAGCCAUUUUCACCGUAACUGCAGCAGGGUUGUUAUUGGCCAAUCCACCGGAGUUUGGGGCAGCCAUGAUACAGAAGGCCAUUGACAUGCAUGACUCCAAAGCCAUUGAUGCACGUAACAAGGAGUGGGAGAGCAACCCUAAGAUAUUCCAAUACAAGGAUGCUGGAGUGAACUGUGUGGCAGUUGGAAGUUCACCACGUUUUAAGGUUUACGACAUAGACUUCGGAUGGGGAGAGCCAGAGAGUGUGAGGAGUGGCUCCAACAAUAGGUUUGAUGGCAUGGUAUAUCUGUAUCCAGGCAAGAUUGGAGGUAGAAGCAUCGACGUUGAGAUCAGUUUGGAGGCUAAUGCUAUGGAGAGGUUGGAGAAAGACAAUGGGUUCCUUAUGGAGGUUUAA